CUGUACUAAUGCACCACGCCAUGCAUCAUCACACAGACAAACAUGUCCAGCAGUCAGGCAGGCAAUGUUCAAAAGGCACAAAACGGAACCGGUAUGUACAAGCGGUCACACAUGGUAACCUCACCACCCAGGCAGACGGGCAGAGAGAAAAACCCCGUGGCAAUCAAUGCGUUAAAUCGACGUUCGACGAGCUGUAAGCUAUCUGUCUGUUCUGCUAUCCAUCUGUUCACAGCUCGAUCUCCUCCGCCCACAUCUUGCCCCCGAGGUGCUCCCCCAAAUUAUCCAUCACGACACGGCGCGUCUUGUCGUAGGGGGCCGCCUCGGUCGUGCAGAUGUCAACAUCGCGUCGACUCCCCCAAUCCUCCACCCGAAUCACCGCCAUGUGCCCCUCGCCCAUCACCUCACUCCCCACCACCACCAGCCGAUCAUGGCGCACCGCCGCCCCGUCAGGCCGCUCCUUGUCGAAGACGGCCACGCCCCGUGGCCACCCCCCGACCUGUGCAACAUCGCUGGCAGAGAUCGCCAGCAGCUGACACACAUGCUGAAAUGCAGCAAAGGAAGGGCGGCAAGACCUCCAGGAUUUGAUCCAACGGAUGUGCUCGCCGUAACGAAGCCAGUAGAACAGCUCGAAGGCCACCAUACAGGCGUAGGUGGGAUACGUCACGAAGGCCUCCAUCUGUGUGGGCGGGCUGGCGGGGUCGAAUGCAUUGGGGAAGAGGGGGCUUGGGGAGGCCAGGAGGGUCGGCCUGGAACGGCCAGUGGGGGGGCAAAGAAUGCCGUCGUGGUCCAUCAGCAGUCUCUGUCGGCCUAGAUCAUCAGCGACAGUGAUCCCCCGGCUGAGGAUCUUCCACUGGCGGACCGCCUCGGUCCGGCCGACGAAGGCCGCCCGGCUGCCGAACGCGUCGAAAUGCUCAUCGCCCAACACCACUGGCCUCCUUCCCCUCAGGAUGUAGAGCAUCUCCAAGUGAGGUCGCCAUCUCCGCCAGUUGCCGCCCCUCUCGAGCAUGAACAGCCGACGGGUGAGCUGUUGGAUGAGGUAGGCGAUGCAGCAGCCGUGGCUGAGUGCGGCAGGGAGCGGCAGCUGGGGGAUGAUGCACACCAGAAAUGAGCCGAAUCCAAGAGUCGGCAGCAGCACGCCCAAUACACGCAGAAGGAGGGGCAGGAGUAUGGGGGCGAUGUCGUUGCGAAGGGCCUUAUCAAAGCGGCUGAGGGCGAUCAUUCCAGCGUAGCUGCUGCUGCUGAGGCACUGGGCGAUGGUCGGCAUCACUUCACGGGGCACGGCAGAGAAGGGCACGCCCUCUUGCCUAUCGCCUGUUAUGACCGCUACAUCACAAACAAUGUCAUUCAGCACGUGUAUGUGCCUUUGUGAUUGUGUCCUUCUGCACUGGAGCUGUUGGUUACCAUCGGCAGCAGACGCGGCAGACGAGGAUGGCUCGCUACUAGACGCGCCAGCUCCAUCAGCAGCAGCAGCCGACAUCUGCGGACCCGCAACAGACCUAACACGGACACUCCGCGACUGCUCGAGCUGGUCACUGCACACGAGAGGGAGAAAGGGGGAGACAGAGUGGAGGUGUGGUGUGUUGGCUGUGGGUGUCGGGGGUGUGGUAUGACCUCUCCGACAACUGAUGGGGAUAGUACUCGCUCUCGGAACGCAUCUGACCAGCCAUGCCACACCCCACACACAUGCACCCAUCCAUCGUCUGCCUUUCCCCUCUCCCCCCCGCCCCCGCGUGCCACUGACACUGACCUGGCCCUCCUCGUAAUCCUCGUCCUCGUAAAGGGGCGGGGGCGGCUGGGUGGGCCGCUCCGGCAACAACACACCCACACCCGAGCUAACGCUACCCUUUCCCCCACCCUCUCCGUCCCCCUCCUCCUCUAUGCCCUCCUCUCCCUCACCCACACCCACAUCGGGCUUGGCCCCCUUCUCGCCCCGCAUAAAAUUGCCCAUGUGCUCCCGCAGCUCAGGUGAGAUGCCCGCCGAGCGCGUCUUGCCCUUCUGGUGCUGUUUCUUCUUGAUCCGAAUGUCGCGCGUGGCCUCGCCCUUGAGGACCGCCUGUGUGCUGCUGUCCUGGUUGAUCUGGAGGGCGUUUAUCUCCUGCCGGAUGGUGCUGUGGGCGCGGGGGAUGCGCGCGAAGCCGCCCUGGGGCGGCUUGCUGGGGCCGCCCGUGGUGGUGGUGCCGCCCCCGUUCUGCUGCUGCUGCUGUUGGUGGGCGACAAGGUUGCUGAGGGGCGUGACGAGGCCGCCGUUGGUCAUGUUGGUGUCGUCCUGCUCGCCGCCCUCCUCAGGAAUGAUGGCGCCGACGUUUGGCGUCGGGUAGAAUGUCGCGCCCCGGCUGUCAUAGGGGGCCUGGAGGUCGGGCUCGGAACUGUUGGUGUAGAUGACCCCCGCGGCCGGCAGCACGUGGUGCUGGUCCCUGACCAUCACCGGCGGGCGCUGGGGGUACGGAGCGGGCGGCAGGUAGCUCCGGUCCGGCAGAAUCCCACCAUCCAUACCCAUCCCGCCAUCUACUCCCCUGCCCAUGUUGCCCGGCAUCGCUAUCCCUCCGCCCCCUUGUUUCUUCUGCAGUUGCUGCGGCAUCAUGGCCGGGAGCGUCCCACGGCCGGUCACCUGCUGGUGCUGAUGCAUGAGCUGCUGGUACUGGUGCUGCGGUGGCCGCACCUGAUGGCCGCCUCCGCCCCCUCCCCCAACCCACGGCGGCAUGAAGGGCACUGGGGUGGUCUCGCCCUGCCCCUGUGUGCCCGGCCCGCUGCCGAACCCGAGGCCCCUCUUCAUGGCCAGCCACGGCGGCUGGAAGAACCCCCUUUGCUGCUGCUGCUGCUGCUGUUGGGGGUGGAAGGGCUUCUGCUUGGGUCUGAAGUCGUAGGAUGCGUGUGCCUCCGGGAGGUUUGCGGGCCCCUGUGGGGUGGCUGCGGUGUUGGUGUACUGGAUGAUGUUGGGCGGGAGCGUCGAGUGGGAGCCUGUGGCGGUAAGCUGCGGCCGGGGCGGCGGGCCGGUCCUGGUGGGCUGUGGCGUGCGAGAGGGAGCGGGCAUCGUGAGGUUCUGAGCAGAGCGCGGCGCCAUGCCCGACAGAUCUUGCGACUGAGAAUACGCACCACCUGCACAGACCAACACAACACCGCAACACACAGGGAAAGAAAGAUGUACUCCCGUGUUGCGCAAAGCGCCGCGCCUUCCUUUCGUGCGUACGGUAUGGCUGCAAGUGGGCAGCAGCAGGGCGACCAGCGACGAACCCAGGGGACAGGUUCGCACCAGGGCGUCCAUAACCUGACCACCCACAACGCAAAACGACGAAUGCAUCAUCAGGUCUGGCGGUUUUCUCGCUUCCUCUCCCCCCUCCCCGUCGCGUGCGCUCACCACUAGUCGGCGACAGCUGAGGCCUCACCCUAGGGUGCACAGGAGGCGGCUUCUGCGCCGAUCCCUCACCAGCACUGCCCGCCAUCACGUUAGGUGUCACCAGCACAGGGCGGGGGGCGAGUGGACGCUGCGGGGGCUGCGACAUGGCUCACGUCGGUAACAGAUAAGAACAGAGGCUUAAUCUAUGGCGGGAAUUCCAAAGUCCCUAACAACCCGGAAUUCCCUUUACGCCGUCGUAAACUCUCGAAGAAACGGUUUUACAAGCCUUCGAGGGGGGCGGCAACUGGGCCAGAUGGAAGCCUCACCUGGAGAUGCUGUACUUGCUGAGGGGCAAUAGGCCUGUGGUGCUGGGUGACGACAACUUCGGCGUGUUUGGCAGCCGGCGGCCUUCAUCGGCGAGGCAGAGGCGGUGCGGCAGUGGAAGAUACUCAGCUGGGGGGUCAUUGUCAGUUUUCGAAACCAGCUACAGCUGAUGAACG